AUGUCAUCUGCCCAAGAAAGUAAAACUCAAGCCUUGAACUCCAACCCAGAGGUCCUUUUAAGGAAAAGAAGAAAUGCUGAUAGAACUAGAAUCGAGAGACAAGAACUAGCAAAGAAGAAAAGGGAAGAACAAAUCAAGAAGAAGAGAAGUAACAAAAACAGAUUUGUCAGAGCAGAGAGCAUAGUCGCGAAGACUUUGGCUACAUCCAGAGAAAAGGAAAGAAUUAAGAGAGUUUCAAUAUUAGAAGACAAAAAAGCUAAGAAUGAGACACAGCAUAUUGCAUCUGAAAAAGAUUUCAUUUUAAAAAUCACCGAAAAACCUAAGCAUGUUGAGCAGGAAUCUGCCGAUUUGAAGGAAAGCGAUGAUGAAGAAGAUGACGGUUUAAACAGAGAAAAAACUACAUACGAUGGCGAACCUGCUUUACUUUUUGUUGUAAGAGUGAGAGGUCCACUUGCCGUAAAUAUCCCACACAAGACUUUCAAGAUUUUAUCCUUGCUAAGAUUAGUUGAGACUAAUACGGGUGUUUUUAUCAAAUUAACCAAGCACGUAUACCCAUUACUCAAACUUGUCGCGCCAUAUGUGGUAAUCGGGAAACCUUCUCUAUCUUCUAUUCGUUCUUUAAUCCAAAAGAGAGGUAGAAUAAUGUACAAGGGUGAGAAUGAUGCCGAAUCUCAUGAAAUAGUUCUAAAUGACAACAACAUCGUUGAAGAACAGUUGGGAGACCAUGGAAUCAUCUGUGUAGAAGACAUCAUUCAUGAGAUUGCUACUAUGGGUGAAUCGUUUUCUGCCUGCAACUUUUUCCUACAACCAUUCAAAUUGAAUAGAGAAGUAUCCGGAUUUGGUUCUUUGAAUAGAUUGAGAAAGAUAAAACAAAGAGAGGCAGAAUCAAGAACCCGUCAAUUCUCAAAUGCGGCUACUGCACCAGUUAUCGAAGUUGACAUUGACUCUUUAUUGACCAAAUUAAAUUAA